AGUUCACUAAAUGUUAAGGAGAAAAGGAAUAAUUAAGAAAGUUAACUUUUUAGAAUAAAUAUAAGAAAGGAGCACGCGGUGCUUUCGGUUCAAGUUGCCCUGAAAAAGCACUCAAAGUGCUUUAACAAGAUAAGGACAGAAAAUGCCAGACAGAUUUCAAGUCACUAAAGCGGAUGAAGACACAGUAUUGGAUUACCUUCAAGAUGAAUCUGCAAGCGGAAAGCUUUUAGGAGACAUUCACGAUGAAGCAAAAGACUCAGGUGAUAUCCAUAGGGCUGAAGAUAACCAGAAGUCUAAUAUCGACCCAAAUCUGUACCUAUAUGAUGACGAUUUGGAGACUCGGCCUCAUAUAUCAACGUUCAUUUCAUCAAUUGCCAAUUAUGAAAACACGAUACCAGCGGCCACAGACCCUGAUUCAAAGCCACCAGCACCAUCGGCCCGUAUGGGUACCCUAAUUGGAGUGUUCUUGCCAUGCAUUCAGAAUAUUUUUGGAGUAAUUCUAUUUAUUCGAUUAACAUGGGUCGUUGGCACAGCUGGGGCGAUUUGUGGAUUCCUUAUUGUGUUGACCUGCUGCUGUGUGACAAUGCUUACUGCGAUAUCGAUGUCAGCCAUUGCAACGAACGGGGUUGUACCCGCAGGCGGAAGUUACUUUAUGAUAUCACGAUCCCUUGGUCCUGAAUUUGGUGGAGCAGUCGGCAUGUUGUUCUACACAGGGACUACGUUGGCAGCUGCAAUGUACAUUGUUGGAGCCGUUGAAAUUGUGUUGACCUAUAUGGCACCGUGGGCAUCGAUCUUUGGAGAUUUCACUAAGGAUGCAGACGCAAUGUAUAACAAUUUUAGAGUCUAUGGCACAAUAUUGCUUGCAUUUAUGGGCUUAAUCGUUUUCCUCGGCGUGAAGUUUGUCAACAAAUUUGCGACAGUGGCUCUCGCCUGUGUAAUUCUCUCCAUUAUAGCGGUUUAUGUGGGAAUAUUUGACAAUAUUCAUGGCAACGAGAAAUUAUACAUGUGCGUGCUCGGCAAGCGACUUUUAAAAGACAUCCCGCUGGAAAAUUGUACUAAAGAUGAUCCAUUUUUGAGGGAUAUUUACUGUCCCGAUAAUCAAUGCGACGAAUACUACCUAAGAAAUAAUAUUUCACAAGUAAAGGGUAUCAAAGGUCUUGCCAGUGGUGUUUUCUAUGACAAUAUUAUGCCAUCAUUUUUGCAAAAAGGUCAAUUUAUAUCUUACGGUGACAGUUCAGUUGAUAUUGAGAACGUUGAUAGCCAAUCGUAUAAUCAGAUUAUGGCCGAUAUAACGACAUCAUUUACCUUGCUUAUUGGCAUAUUCUUCCCCUCGGUGACAGGAAUUAUGGCUGGAUCAAACCGAUCAGGCGACUUAGCUGACGCACAGAAGAGUAUACCGAUCGGAACAAUAUGUGCAAUACUAACGACAAGUACAGUGUAUUUGUCGAGUGUUAUAUUUUUCGCUGCCACUGUGGAUAAUCUUCUGUUGAGAGACAAGUUUGGACAAUCAAUUGGUGGAAAAUUGGUCGUGGCAAAUAUAGCAUGGCCCAACCAAUGGGUUAUACUGAUAGGUUCGUUUCUCUCAACACUGGGCGCUGGACUGCAAAGCUUAACUGGAGCACCUCGUUUGCUACAAGCUAUCGCUAGAGAUGAAAUAAUACCAUUCCUGGCGCCAUUUGCCAAGUCAUCUAACCGGGGAGAACCCACCAGAGCUCUUCUCUUGACUAUUGUAAUUUGUCAAUGUGGAAUUCUUCUAGGCAACGUCGAUUUGCUUGCUCCAUUGCUCUCUAUGUUUUUCCUUAUGUGUUACGGUUUUGUAAAUUUGGCCUGCGCCGUACAAACAUUGCUGCGCACUCCGAAUUGGAGACCCCGAUUUAAGUUCUACCAUUGGAGCUUAUCCUUGAUCGGCCUUACAUUGUGCUUAUCUGUUAUGAUAAUGACAUCUUGGUAUUUUGCACUAAUUGCAAUGGGAAUGGCGAUUAUAAUCUAUAAAUAUAUAGAAUAUCGAGGAGCUGAGAAGGAGUGGGGCGAUGGCAUUCGAGGCAUGGCUCUCACUGCAGCUAGAUAUUCACUUUUGCGUCUUGAGGAAGGCCCACCGCAUACCAAAAAUUGGCGUCCGCAAAUUUUGGUGCUCUCUAAACUCAAUGACAACCUGCUGCCAAAGUAUAGGAAAAUAUUUUCCUUUGCCACCCAACUCAAAGCGGGCAAGGGACUCACAAUUUGUGUGUCUGUGAUAAAAGGUGAUCACACCAGAAUCCCGAAUAAAGCAGUCGAUGCAAAAACGACAUUACGAAAAUAUAUGACCGAUGAGAAGGUAAAAGGAUUCUGUGAUGUAUUAGUUGCUCAGGAAAUUGGUGAAGGACUGAGCUCAGUCAUUCAAACAAUCGGCUUGGGCGGUAUGAAACCAAACACUGUCAUUGUUGGCUGGCCAUAUAGCUGGAGACAGGAGGGCCGGAACAGUUGGAAAACGUUCAUACAGACGGUUCGAACCGUUACAGCUUGUCACAUGGCCCUAAUGGUUCCAAAAGGAAUCAAUUUUUAUCCGGAGUCUAGCCAUAAAAUUGGUGGAAAUAUAGAUAUCUGGUGGAUUGUGCACGAUGGUGGAUUGUUAAUGUUGUUGCCCUUCUUGCUAAAACAACAUCGCACCUGGCGCAACUGUAAGCUACGAAUCUUCACAGUUGCCCAGAUUGAAGACAACUCAAUUCAAAUGAAGAAAGAUUUGAAGACAUUUUUGUAUCAUUUGAGAAUUGAAGCCGACGUUGAAGUAGUUGAAAUGAAUAACAGCGACAUUUCGGCCUAUACCUAUGAGAGAACACUUAUGAUGGAACAGCGCAAUCAAAUGCUAAGAGCACUAGGCUUAAAUAAGAAGGAGAACUCCAAAGUGGUUCAAACUAUAAUGGAUUUUAAGGAAACUCCCAGUGAUAAUAAAUUAUCUUUGGUUCAAACAAUUGUUGACCACCAUUAUGACGCAACCAGAACAGCAUCAAAGGUUCGAUUUGCAGACCCAACCAUUGAAGAAGUUCAAAAUCAAGAUGCUCCGAAUGGGGAGAAACGUAAUUCAAUAGAUUCAGAUGGACCUGAGAGCACAGACGCCACUGAAACUGUUUCUAAUAAGGAUGAAUCCACAGAAAAAUCUGAUGGCAACUUUAAAUCCAGUGCGAAGCCGGAUGAGUUUAAUGUACGUCGCAUGCACACAGCAAUAAAACUAAACGAAGUUAUAGUAGAGAAAUCACAAGAUGCCCAGUUGGUCAUAAUGAAUUUACCCGGACCACCAAGAGAUGUGCGAGCAGAGCGUGAACGCAAUUAUAUGGAAUUCUUGGAGGUUUUAACAGAAGGCCUUGAAAAAGUAUUAAUGGUUCGUGGAGGAGGUCGAGAAGUUAUAACAAUUUACUCUUAAGAGCAUUAAUCGCUCUGUUUUUAUAAGAGUUCGCAACACUAGACAAGUUUAAGAAUCAAUCAAAUUUUUAAAAGGAAGUUAUUAUUGAUUUGUUAUAUUCAAUCAUAUGUCCAUAUAUUUUAUUUUUACGUAAAUAAAAUAUCAAAAAUUGUAACAAUA